AUGGACUAUGGUGAACUGCGGUAUAUAUACAUAUACAUAUAUAUAAAUACCAAUGAAUACCUAACCUUUAAAUAUUGAUCGUAUACACGUGUAUUUCAUACAAAUAAAUAGUUUAAUAAAAUGAGUUUAUUUGUAAUAAACAGGUACGAAGGUGAAAAGGAGGUAGAGACUAAAACUGAAAAUAAACAAUUAUCAGAAUUAUUAAAAAGAAUAGAAGAACGUAAAAAAGAAAGGGUUUUUAAAAAGGAAAAUGUGCAAAAUGUAAAAGAAGAUGACCGUAAAAGAAAAAAAAGAAAAAUAGAAAUAUCUAAACAAGAUCCAUUAGAAAAUACUUCUGUUAAUGAAGAUGCUAAUCAGAAUAAUGUUGAAACACAGCUUGUACACCCAGAAAAAUUGCAUAAAAAGAAGAAAAAGAAAAAGAAAAAUGUUCAUAACAUAGAAAAUAAUGUAAAUUAUGAAGGUACUGAGGGUGAUAAUAAAGGAUUGCAGGAAGCAGUUGUAGAUGAUCAAAAAAAUAUGUUGUUAAAUAAAUCUGCAGAUGUAAAUAAUGUACAGGAGCAAAGUGAUUUUAUGGUAUUAGGUGUAAAAAGUAAAAGAAAAAAGUACGAAGUGAAGAGAGUAUUACCAGAAUGGUUGGCUAAUCCAAAUAUUAUAUCAAAUGAUUUGAAUGAUGGUCCAAGUAUAGAGAGCUUGAAUUCAGUUUUAGAUGCUAAACUUAUUCAAGUUUUAAAAGCUAAUGGUAUCGAUAAAUUAUUUCCUGUUCAAGCUAGUAUGAUAACUUGGUUAUUGAAAUGUAACAAGGAUAAGCAACAAGGAUGGUGGUUACGAGAUACGUGCGUAUCUGCUCCUACAGGCAGCGGUAAGACUUUGGCGUAUGUAUUACCAAUUGUGCAUAUAUUACAAUCUCGAUUAGUGCCAAAAAUACGUUGCAUAGUUGUUGUACCUGUACAAGAAUUGGCUGCACAAGUUUACAAGGUGAUGGUUGCGUACACAUCUCACACAACUCUCACAGUUGGUUUGCUUUCUGGAGCUUGUUCGUUUCAACAAGAACAAAGUAACAUUCUAAGAAUGAAUGCUCGAGGGGAAUACGUUCCUGCAGUAGACAUUAUCGUUGCUACACCGGGCCGAUUAAUCGAUCAUAUAUUAAAAACACCAGAAUUUUCUUUAAACGAUCUCAGAUUUCUUGUUAUCGAUGAAGCUGAUCGAGUCGCAGAUUGGUUGGAAUAUCUUCCCGAACCUCAUAAUCGUGCUGCAAGAUUAACGCUCUUCGAUCUACGCUGCGGCAAAGCCCCCGUGCAGAAACUGUUGUUUAGUGCCACCUUAUCGCAAGAUCCUAAAAAAUUGAAUCACCUUAGACUAUUUCAACCAGUAUUGUUCACAUCCGUUGUGGUGUCAGGCAAAGAUACCGAUGUGAAUUUAGACAUGGAAGUGGGUAAUUACAUAGGCCGUUAUACAAGUCCCGAUGGAUUAACAGAAUACGCGGUGGAAUGUAUAGCAGAGUAUAAACCUGUUGCUCUAUACGACCUACUAAACAGGAAUAAUAAAAUCAGUAAAACCUUAAUAUUCACAAAUUCUGGAGAAACUGCUCAUAGAUUAAGUAUUUUACUUGGAUCGUUGUUAGCUGAAAAGAAUGUAACAAUUGGGAAGCUUUCGGCACAGCUUAAGCCUAAAGAACGCGAACAUGUCCUUGGGAAGUUUAUUACUGGUGAAGUUAAAAUACUUAUAAGCUCAGAUGCGCUAGCUCGAGGCGUGGACAUUCCAGAUAUACAUACGGUUGUAUCUUACGAUCUUCCUAAGCAUAUUAAAGGAUAUAUUCAUAGAGCUGGAAGAACAGGACGUGCUGGUAAAUCUGGCAUAGUGAUAUCUAUCCUGACGUCGAAACAAGUUGGAAUAUUUAAAGAUAUGUUGAGUAAUGUUCAUAAAGCGGUACCGCACAUCGAAAAAUUGGAGUUGAAUUCUGUCGCAGAUUCAAUAGACUAUUCGAGCCAUGUUAAAAAGUUAAAGGAAACGCUGGAAGAAGAAAAACAACGUAAUUUAUUACGAACGAAAUCUGUUAAACGAAUUCAGCCUAUAGUUAAGGAAUGAAAAACAUAAACAAUUUUUGUACAUAAAUUAUGAUAUAAAUAUUUCAAAUUAAUAUA